UCGUUAUUAACGCAAUCGUAUCGCAGAUCUCGCACGAAAUUAGCACAGAAUCACAACAGUCGCGGUAUAUUGCUGUCGUAACUGGCUUACAAAUCCACUGAACACAAAAUGGCAUUCGCCUCGAACGAUGUGACGAUCAGUGAUGAUUCAAGGGAAUUGCACUUCGACAAACACGUCGAUUACAUCGCCAAUCACGGGAAUGACAAAAAUGACUACGAAUAUUGCAUGACUGAAUUCCUUCGUAUGUCCGGUAUAUAUUGGGGUGUAACGGGCCUUGAUCUGAUGAACAAGCUGGACCGAUUGGACAAGCAAUCGAUUAUAGAGUUCAUCAAGAAGUGCCAAUGUCCAGUGACUGGAGGCAUUGCUGCAUGCGAUGGGCACGAUCCGCACAUUCUCUACACCCUCAGUGCCGUUCAGAUAUUGAUAAUUUACGAUAGUUUGGAUGCAAUCGAUAUCGACCAAAUCGCCAAGUACGUAGCAUCCCUGCAACAACUCGACGGAAGCUUCUUCGGCGACAAGUGGGGAGAGGUGGACACACGGUUUUCCUUCUGUGCCGUUGCCAUUUUAAGCUUGAUUGGCCGCAUGGAUGAGAUCGACCUCGAAAAGUCAGUGAACUUCGUAAUGUCCUGCUGCAACUCGGACGGUGGCUUUGGCUCAAAACCGAACGCUGAAAGUCACGCCGGUUUGAUCUACUGCUGCGUCGGAUUCCUAUCGAUAACGGAUCAACUGCACCGGCUAGAUUGUGAACGGUUGGCGUGGUGGCUAUGUGAGCGUCAACUUCCCAGCGGUGGGCUCAACGGUCGCCCAGAAAAGCUUCCGGACGUGUGCUACUCGUGGUGGGUAUUGGCCUCACUCACCAUCAUCGGCCGGUUGCAUUGGAUCAGUUCGGAAAAGCUGGAAAACUUUAUCCUCUCCUGUCAGGACGCGGAAACGGGAGGGUUUGCCGACCGGACUGGAAAUCUGCCGGAUAUUUUUCACACCCUUUUUGGAUUGGGCGCACUGUCGCUGCUGGGAGAUAAGCGCUUGAAACCCGUCAAUCCUACCUACUGCAUGCCGGAGUACGUCAUCAAACGGUGCAAUUUGAACCCAAAAGUCAUAGUGCUGUAAACUUUAUUCUAAUGUUACCCACUCGCUACGAACAGAUAAUGAAUGUUUAUUUUCACGCU